GUUACUACAAAAUGGCUGCAGAGGCUCCGCCGCCAACGAGAACCUCCUGAACGCUUCAUGCUGUGAGAAGAGGCAAAAAACACGAGAAGAGAACCAUUUGAUGGAAGAUAAGAAAAAGAAAAAGCAAGAAGAAAAGAAAAAGAAAGAAGCUGCUCAGAAAAAGGCCACAGAACCGAUAACCAAAGUGCCAGACUCUGCCAAGCUCGACCCCACCCCUCCUCUUCCCCCCGUCAACCCCAGUGCCGUCCCGUCUGUACCCCCAAGCAGUGGCAAUGGCAAGCGCGCCCCCUCUGGAGGUCAGCCGCAGACAGCACAGCAGCCCCAGACUCCGCUCCAGCAGCGCUACCCGCCAAGAGAGGUGCCCCCACGCUUCCGCCAGCAGGAGCACAAGCAGCUAUUGAAGAGGGGCCAGCCUCUUCCCUCUGGGACUCUGCCUCUCACCACCACGGGACGUCCCACCACUACUGAACCUGCAGCAGCAGUAGCCAUACACUCCUCUCCCUCCUGCUCCUCUUCCUCCACAGCCAGCCAGCCUACAGAACUGCCCCCACAGAGUGGCCAGGGAGCCCAGUAUGAAAAUCCCCUCUGGGGACACCCGCCAGCCAACAGGAGUGCCACAAGUGCUGCAUCUUCCACCAAUCUCAGUGGCUGGGAUCAACUGAUCAUUGACCAGAAAGACACAGAGGCUUGGCCUUCUAUUACCCUCAGCCAGAGCCAGGCCCCUCCAGGAGGAUGCCCUUUGGACACUGACCCUGGUCGCCUGACCAGCAGCAGCAGCAGCAGCAGCAGUAGUACUAGUAGUAGUUGUAGUACAGUGAGUAUGGCCACGGGGGCCAAUAGCCAGACUGGCCACUUCCCUGCCAACCACCUUAGCAGCAAGGCCAACAGUGGGCCCAGCCCUGCCAAUCAUACUGGAACCAGCAUGCUCUCUAGCCAGGUUGCAGCCAAUCGCAGCUGGGGCUCUGGGCCUGGACCCUCCCAUUGCACCCCUCAGUCCUCAGUGGGGAGUGAAGGGAAGAGUGACAGCCCAGUGGGGGGAGGAGGCAGUAGGGGCUGGGGAUCUUCUUCAUCAUCCUCCACCACCAACUUUAACUUGAACCUAAACCCUAAUGCCAACCCGUCUGCCUGGCCCAUGUUGGGGCAUGAUGGGGGAGGCACAGGGGGAGGCAGCUCAGGGGGGGCCAACACCAUUUCACCUCCUCAACCUACACCCAACCUCUGCAAUCCAACUGGCCCCCCACCAGCCCAGACCAGCACCUGUACCGGAGCCAACACUAACAGCAACCCCUCGGGGAUCGGCAGCGCCUGGGGUAGCAUAAUGGCCUCUGACACCUCAGAGCCACACCCCUCCCCGUCCACGAAUGUGUCUUUCAGUUCAGAACCUCAGAACCUUAAAACUGAUGGACCAAAUCACACUAAUAGACAGGAACCUCCCAGCCCUAUCCGCAACUUGCCUGGCUGGGGUAAUGCACCUGUAGGCUUGGGUCCCAUGGGCCAGACUCCCCCAGGGGGCCCACAGGUCAAUGGAGAAGAUGGUAGCCCAGUAUGGGGAAACAGUGGCGACUCAAAGGCACCCUCAUCUAAGGAGGCACCUGGCUGGGACUCUGGCUGGGGCCGUGGAGGAGGGGGAACUGGAAACUCUGGAGGCUGGAGUGACCAGUCUGGUGGAAACUGGGGGAAGCAGCGUACUGAAGAGACCCAGGGAGGCUGGGAUGGUCCCAGCUCUCCUCCCCAGGAUCCACAGGCUAGUCCUUGGAACAGAGCUGUGAGCACAGCUGCUGCAAGUGAAGGGAGCAGUGACAGCAUGGACGGACAUCCCCAGCACAGAGAGCCGUCAUCCAGAGAUAAUCCAGCUCCUCUGCUACCUGCCCAGGAUCUGGAUCCCAGGGUGUUGUGUAACACCGGCUGGGGACAGACCCCUGUUCGCCAACACACCUCCUGGGAUAUGGACGAUACUAAACGCAAGAAUGAUGCAGCCGCUGACUCAUGGGGCUCUGGCCCAACCACUCCAAGCGAUAUCCAGGGGCCCUCCAAUGCUAAUAUGGGCCCCUCUCAGAGGACUGACCCUGGGAGCAAAAAUGAUGUGCCUGGUUCUCAGGGAGCUUCAGGUUGGGGUGGAAGCAUAGCUGCUAACAGCCCAGCGAGCUCUGGUUGGGGAGAGCCAUCCAACAACAUGAAGCCCCCAGGUGGUCCCAGUGGCUGGGGGAAUCCCCCUACAGGAGGCCCCACCGCUAGUAUACCCAAGAAUGGGGGUCAAUCCUGGGGAGAGGAAAAGUCAACUGGAUGGGAGGAUUCUCGCAGCAAGGCAGCAUCCCAGGGCUGGGGAGAACAACCCAAAGCAUCCCACAGCUGGGGCAGCAGUGGAGGGAGCAAUAAUGCAGGAGACUGGAGGGAACCAGAAGAGAACAAAAAGAGUCCCACCAACCCAGGAUGGGAGGGAGAAGCAGGAGGCUGGAAGGAAAACCCAAGAGGCUGGGGAAUGUCUUCUUCAGGAUCUGGGAUACCUGCACCUGGAGGAAAUGGGGGCUGGGGAGAACCAGUAUGCCAGCGUCCCAGUGGCCCUCAAGGUUGGGGGGGGAAACCUCAGGAGGGGCCCAGUGGUAGCAGUGGGGGAGGAAGCAUUGGCUCUUGGGCUGGCUCCAGUUCAGUGAAGCAGGGUGGAAGCUGGGGAGGUGGCAAGAAGGAGUCCUCCACUGAGCCUACAGGCUGGGAAGAGCCCUCCCCACCUUCAAUCCGACGUAAGAUGGAGAUAGAUGACGGGACCUCAGCUUGGGGUGACCCUGGUACCUACAGCAAGUCCGUCAACCUGUGGGACAGGAACAAUCCAGGGAUGUCCCAGGCUAAAGUUACCGCUGGAGGCAAUAACCCUCCAGGCCCCAACAACAGCCAUCCCCACUCUCACAAUCACCCCUAUCACGGGCCGCCUACUCCUUUACAGAACCACACCCAAAACUCCCAAAACCCGGGGCCAGCCAGUGGGCCGAUGGAUCCUGUCGUUCAACAUCAGUCUGGGCCAUCUCACAACAGAGGUCCCCUGAUAGCUCAAGGUUGGGGAGAGAUACCCACCUCCCACACAAAAUCAGAGAGCUCGUGGGGGGAGGCUUCACCCGCUCCGGUCAGCGUCGACAAUGGGACGUCAGCCUGGGGCAAAUCCACCGGGAGCUGCGGGGGCUGGGGAGACAGCAACCCGGACAGCUACGGCAGGGGCAACCCGACGAUGGCAUCUGCAUCUUGCAAACCUGCCCCUAAACCUAUGCAAGACGGAUGGGGAGGUGGAGUUGAAGAGCUGAACCUGUCGGGGGGUCAGUGGGAUGCUGAGGAGGGAGACAUGUGGAACAACGCUGCCUCCCAGGAGAGCAACUCCUCCUGUAACUCGUGGGGCAAUGCAUCUAAGAAGGGCCCACAGAAGCUCUCCCAGGGAAAGGUCCCGGGGAAGCAAGAAGACGCCUGGAUCAUGAAUCGUCUCAUCAAACAGCUGACAGACAUGGGCUUCCCUAGGGAUCCAGCAGAGGAGGCUCUGAAGAGCAACAACAUGAGCCUGGACCAGGCCAUGAGUGCCCUGCUGGAGAAGAAGACAGAGCUGGACAAGCGAGGGAUGGGGAUAGCUGGCCACGACUACAACAACGGGCUCAUCAACAAGCCUAUGAGCUGCCCUCGGCCUCCGCUUCUUUCCAAAGACCCUUCAACAGACCCCCGCUUGCCCUUCAUGGAUAAGCAGAUGCAGAGUGGAAUGUUUGCCGGCGCUGGAGCAGCACAAGCCCGGGCAAUGCAGCAGCCGCAGCCGCCUCCUCAGCCGCCAGUGCCGCCUCUCAGUUCCUCUCAGCCUAGUCUACGUGCUCAAGUGCCUCAGUUUCUCUCCCCUCAGGUUCAAGCACAGCUCUUACAGUUUGCAGCAAAAAACAUUGGUCUGAAUCCUGCACUUUUAACCUCACCAAUAAACCCUCAACAUAUGACCCUUCUGAAUCAACUUUACCAGCUGCAACUGGCAUACCAGCGUUUACAAAUUCAGCAGCAGAUGUUGCAGGCGCAGCGCAACGUUUCCGGCCCCAUUCGACAACAAGAGCAGCAAGUUGCACGUACAAUCAAUAACAUGCAGCAGCAGAUCCAACAGCACCAGCGUCAGCUGGCCCAGGCCCUGCUGAUGAAGCAGCAGCAACAGCAGCCGCCCCCCUCCCACUCGGGCCUGCAUCCUGGUGGGGCCAAAUCCACCCUGGAUUCAUUUCCAGGUCACCCCCAGGCUCCAGGCCUCCCUGACCUGCAGACCAAAGAGCCGCAGUCAUCGCCCAACACCUACAGCCCCUACUCUCUCUCUGGACUGAAUCCAAACAUGAAUGUAAACUGCAUGGAGGUGGGUGGUCUAUCUAUGAAGGAACCCCCACAGCCUCAAUCGCGCCUGUCGCAGUGGACACAUCCCAACUCCAUCGAAAGCCUCUCUGGAAGCUCCUCUCCUCUAGAGCCCAACAUGGGCAAGCAUGGUGCCAACCUGGGCCCCCCUGGUAAGCCCCCUCAGCUGGAGGACUCUUACAGCCCCUACAACCUGAUGUCCAGCUCAGAGUCUCCUACCAGCCCCCUGGUCCCCCCAGACAGCUGGGGACAGGGCAAGAGCAGCAGUGACAAGAUGGCCAACGGGACCAAUAUCAACUGGCCACCAGAGUUCUGCCCCGGUGUGCCCUGGAAGGGCCUCCAGAAUAUUGACCCUGAAACUGACCCCAACGUGACCCCCGGCAGUGUCCCAAGCGGGCCCACCAUCAACACCAACAUCCAAGAUGUCAACCGCUACCUGCUGCGGGACAGGAGUGGAGGUAAACUGUCGGAGAUGAAAUCUACUUGGUCUCCAGGCCCCAUUUCUCACAGCCAGGCCUCUCUGUCCCACGAGCUGUGGAAGGUCCCCCAGGGUCCCCGGAGCAGCACCACGGCCCCUUCCCGACCCCCACCCGGCCUCACCAACACCAAGCCUUCAACAUGGGGGGGUAACUCCCUGGGUCUGGCCCAAGGCUGGAGCAGCUCUUACACCACAGGUACCACGUGGAGCACAGACAGUUCCACCAGGACCAGUAGCUGGCUGGUUCUGAGGAACCUCACUCCACAGAUUGAUGGUUCGACUCUGCGUACACUGUGCAUGCAACACGGCCCCCUCAUCACAUUCCACCUCAAUCUGACGCAGGGCAACGCUGUGGUGCGCUACAGCUCCAAGGAUGAAGCUGCCAAGGCUCAGAAGUCCCUGCACAUGUGUGUGCUCGGGAACACCACCAUCCUGGCAGAGUUUGCUGGGGAAGAGGAAGUGAACCGUUUCUUUGCACAGGGCCAGUCACUUGGUGGUACAACCAGCUGGCAGGCCACUCCAGGCACCAAUCAGACAAGGAUGGGUGGAGCCGGGUCUGGAGCCUCCCACCCCAUCGGUCACUCCCCACACUGGAACAACAACAACAAUGGCAGCAGCAGCAAUAGCAGCGGCCUGGGAGCAGGCGGAGCGAAGGCAGGCGGUGAGUUGCUGUGGGGUGGUGUGCAACAGUAUUCUAGCCUGUGGGGACCCCCGAGUGGAGAGGAGGGACGGGUCAUGGGGAGUCCCACCCCAAUCAAUACGCUGCUGCCUGGGGACCUGCUGAGUGGGGAGUCCAUGUAGGACUAAUAAAGCCCAGGCUUAACAAACACCCAACAGCAGCAAAAAUCUUGCAAAUCAUUGUGGAGAUAAUCAGUGUGGCUGUAACGGUGAAAAGGAGAGACGAGAGGAGGGCGAGGCUACAUCCUCGCUGCUCACCCUCGCCAACCUCCUCGGCUCCUUUUUGUUUUUGAUGACAUUUCAGUUGCAGUUUUGUGAAUCUCAGUGAGAGAUUUUGGUCACAGUGUUCAGCUUUUACUUUUGGAGACACAGGAAGGCGUCUUUCAUUCAACAAAGAAAGAGAACUUUUUACAGAACUUUUGGGAACUCGCCGUGUGAAACAUGUCCUUCAAACUGACUUGACGACGAGAUCUUUAAACGAAUCCCUCUCUGCCUUUUCGGGCAAUCAUACUGCACCUCAGAGAUCCAUGAAAAGGCAUCAUUCCCAAAGGAAAAAACCCUUUCAAUCAGAGUGGUUGUUGAACUUUCAGCUGGUCCAGACUCAACAUUUGUUUCUCUCAGCACUAAUAUUAGCCUUAACCUCUUUCCUGCCCUGCUAUCCUCACUCACUCUGUACUUGGUGAAGAAGCAUACGGACACUUGCACACCCUUAUUUCUGAGCCAGUGAAACCCGAGUGGAGAGUACAAUGCUGCUGCGGCUCGACGUAAGCAACCACAGCUCACAACUUCAGUGCAUUUUUGCAAGCAGAUUAAGUUCCCCACACAACGCUCAAAGGGAAUGAUGCAACUCUGUUCGCCGUGUUCAAGCCAUUUAUUUUUGUAGUGUUUUUUUCUUCUUCUUCUUAAACCAUUGCAAAACAAAGCUAAGAAACGAUAUUAUUCAAAUGUGUCUGUCAAUCUUACCCGGUGGGGGGAGAGAUUUUGGGGGGGGUCGUCGCAUGUACAGUAACGGACGACGAAAUGCGAAAUGAACCACUGCUAUUACUAUGGAACUGUAAAGACAAACACUUCAAUGCACCUCAAAUCGUCUGCGGGCAACUCGCAGUUUGGUCUCAGUCUCGGACCCUCUCACUGAUGUUGUGGAAAACCUCAAGUCGUAAAUGUUUCCUACCGGUGUGUGUUUCCCACCAUUUCAAGUGACGUGCAAUAUAAGCCACAGACUACCGUCCACCCCACCACCACCACCUCUCGCGGAAAGAGAGGAGACUGUAAGGAAUGAUUGAACUGCAAAAACGCUAUCUUCCCUGCACCCACCCCCCCAUCACCCCCCAUCCUAAAACUGCCACUACUACCCUUCAUCUCCCCUUCAAGAGUGUGUGAGCUCAGGAGAGAAGCAAGCUGGUCUUCAACCACCUUUUUGUCCCAAGAUACAAGGACGUACACACAAAGCACUUCUUCAGCCAGCCUACUCUCCACACUUAUGCCAGUGACGAGUUUCGGGGGAGACGGAGGGACAGGUGUGUGUGUUUCUGUGUGUGUGUGUGUGUCUGUGUGUGUGUGUGUGUGUGCGUGCGUGUGCGUGCGCGCUUGGGGAGAAGGCAUCAAACCAAAACGAGAGGAGCCUGUUUUCCUUUUUUACCCUGAAGACCAGUUUUUUUUUUCCUUUUUUGCCCAAAUUUGCAUCGGUAGGAGGUCUGAGCAAAGAUUUGUGAAUAGGUGGUCUAUCAUAGCACUUAGCAAGAGCGUCGCAGCUCGUUAUACCCUUAAUGCCAACGAAUAGAAGACAGGAGAAGCAACACUGGCAAAUAAAAACUGAAAAAAAGGACAAAAAAGCAAUCUGCUUAGUGGCUUCUCUAUAUACUUAUUUUUUAACUUAAUGUGGAUGUGAAGAUUUUUUUUUUUUCUUUUUCAAUCCUUCUUCCCUCAAGUCGGUGGGACCAGGAAGGAUGUCAAACAUGGUAGCAAAGUGAAGGGAAAUACAAAGAAAGAACUAACUCAACUGAUGAUGGGUGCGGCAGGGAACGACCCCAAAGCACUCACCCUCUUUAUCAAAGUAAAUAUCACUGUUACAUUGCAUACUUUGAAAUCUUUAGCCUUGGUGUCUGGAAAAAAAAAACACAAAAAAAAAAAACGCUCGGCGUGUUUAUGUUCUACUGGAUCCAGCAGGGAGGAUCGCCAUCUUCUUCGUCCUUUUUCUUUUUCUUUCUGUUGGCCCUGCCAGCCUGUGUGAUAGUGUGGCCACUGAGUGCCUGCCUGCUGCGGAGUGCAGUGCUCUGCAGCAGCCCUCACCUCCCUCUUCGCUCGCCGCCUCCCUGCGGAUCCCUACAGACUGGUUUCCCUCCUCUUCCCCCUGGCCUCCAGGCCAAGAGCAGCUCUUUCAGAACUGGCCCACCUGUAUUAAAUUUACUACUACUGCUGCGCCAGAGUCUGUCCUCAGCAACCUCCAACUCUCUCUUUGUCUCUUCUGCAAGGAUCACUUUAGCCAGAGACGGAGGCGUUUGACGUGUUUUAUUUUUUUCUCGGUUUCUUAUGGAAUUGCCAGUGUGCAUUUUUAUUUGAUUGUUGUCAUGAAGUUUGCUGAUAUUGUUGCUGUUAUCAUUGAUGAUAUAGAUAAUGAUUGUUUUCUGAUGAUGAUUUCAUGGCUUUUUAAUAUUGGUCUUUAUGCAGUGUUCAGCUUCUCUCCUGCCCCUCCCACUGCCUCCGAGGCAGAAGCAGUGUGUAGUGUAGAGGCAAGGCCGCGCGACCACACUGUGGAUCUCAGUAGAAAAAAAGGCCCGAGUUUUUUGCGUUGUUGGAGUCAGAUAGAGGGUAUGACGAGUCAAAUCAAGCAGGAAGAAAGGUUGUGUAGUGAAAAGGUUCUCCAGGAUAGUGAGCCAACUCCUUCUGUCCAUCCUGGGGCACCUCCGCUCUACGUUGUCUCAUAACACACACAUCCUUUAGUGGUGAUGGGCCUCACUCACACUGGUGCUUUAUGUUUAACUCUGGGAGCACUCAGUUAACACUUAGAACCACCUCAACUGAUAACAGCCUUCCAUUUCUAUGCAAAGACAAGGAGGUGUUUGUUCACAGCCAUCUAGAAAAUCACAGCCAUCCCCCCCUCCACAUCUGCCAAUCUUCACUUUUAUCUCUCAACCUUUACUACCAGGCAGCUUCCCUUGAAACCUCCAGCUGGAUUAAAUGUAAGGGACACUGACAGAGCCUCACUUCAAGAUUUUAGUCUCCCACUGUGUGGACAGAGCUAUUAGAUGACACUAAAUGACCUGCUGGAGGCACUAGUGGUUGGCAGAGUUCUUCGGUCUUGUGCCAACUGAUCUGCAAAUAUCUACUUCCACCUUGCCAUAUCCUAAUUUAUCUUAUGCGUGAUGAGACUUAUUUUAUUGCUGCAGGGGCGUACACCACGUGCUCCGGCUGUAGGAGGCUUGAGGAGUAGAAGGGCAGGACAGAUUUACGGUUUUCACCAACAGUGGGCUGGGAAUUGUAGUGGAGAAGCAGGCUACGGCAGGAGGGGGGGUGGUCCCUGUAUGUUUCUGUGCACUGUUUAUGGGUCACAUCGGGUACAUCUCUUUAAAAACCAAAAACAUCUUUUUCUUUAUCAUCAAGGUUUUUUUUUUUGUUCUGGGGUUUUUUGCAAAAACUAGAAACUAAAAAAAAGAGUCUGUUUCAGCUGUGCACUCCGAGGCUGAGAUGUUCUGUGUCUCUGCAAGCUGCCGCCUUCUCGCCCCGUCAUUUAGGGGAAGCUGUAUCCGGGGGGUUCAUGUUUUUGGACCUCCAACCUGAGGGUCGCGCCAGCAUCAAAACAACAGGUCAUUUCUGCUCAUCUGUCUUUGGGGUCAGGGUCCUAGCAGGGACCUGACGUAUCAGCAGAAACAGGGACACAAACCUCAAGUUUGGUACCAAGUCUUAAAACUUUUGGGAUUUGCCCUCUUCCAGAGUCGCGUCAGACUCGCAUCAUUCAACAAAACAAUCACUAUUGCCUGUGUCGUCUGUUUGUGUGUUUGUUUGUUCCUGAAAACCUGCAUUUACUCCACACUGGACUUGAAUCAAGUAACUGGCGUCAGAAGUGGGGAGUGGAACGGAGUGGGAGGACGGGUCACUGGGAUGGAGGACGAGUCUCAGAUGUGCACCUGGAUUUUUUUUUAAAUUUUUUUUUUUUUUUUUUUGGCGCAGCACCAGCACUGAGAGCCCCGCCCUCCUCCCACACCCCUCGCCUGCACUCUUCUCUUUCUGUCUAGUGUCGGAAACCAGAUGUUUUCCCUUUUUUUUUUCUUUAAAAGUCACAUAAACUUAAAGGCAACUGGAGCUCAAGCGAAAAAUGCUUCUCAAUCAUGGAUCAGACAAGGGUCUGGAGCAUGGGCCCCAAAAAAGAGCUGAAUUAGCAAAUCGCUCUUAAAAAAGAAAAAAAAAAAAGGCCUGGGUUGAAUAUGCACAUUCUAGUUCAUAUACAAUACACAACCAAGAGUACAUAAUGGGUGUAUGUGUGUAUGACUAGAUCUCUCUGUUUUCCACUUCGCCUAAGCCCCCCUAAACCCCGCCCUGGCUUUGGCCCUUACCCUGUGUAUCCUCCUCGACAUUAUAUUUCCCAGAAGACAAGAUCAUAAACAUAUCAGAGUAAUACAAAAUAAUGAAAACAAAUACUUGAAUCAAAAGAAGCGCCAAUAAUGUAAUGUGAACACUUUUUGUAGUGGUUUUUUGUCUCAUUCAUACACUUCAGAGAUUUUUGAUAGCAUCGGUUCAGAGUGAAUCAAAUUUGAAAUGUUGAAAACAAAGAUCGAUAUAAAGGCAAAUUUACAUCUGUUGUAUUUGAGUGUUUGCACAAGGCUGCUUGUACUGUAUGUUGUUUGAAUGAAUGUUUUAGUGCGUGAGGUGAAAAUAUGAGAGCUCGUGAUUACAGCGGAGGAAUUUCCGCCUCGUGUUUUCUUUUUCGAUUCAGUAUACUUUUGUUGUUUAUUUGUUUAAUUUUUUUUUUUUUUUUUUUUGGCUUGUCAAAAAUAUAUUCUGAUGUUAAUUGUUACUAGCCUCUAGCGUUGCACUGAGUGUCGGCCUCACCCCUCAUCCAGCUAAACGAACAACAUGAUACAAGUACUGAGGGGAGACGGGGACAGUUCAUGUGUAAAUGUUUACUCAAGGACUAAAAAUAAGUGUGUUUUUAAAAUGUAAUGUUUAUCUACCUUAGUGGCUUUCAUUGUGGAAUAAUCCAAGAAAGUAUGGAUCAUAAUUGAGUAUUGCACCAUUUUUCGGACUAUAAACCUGAAAAAAAAACAAGAAAACUGAAAAAAAAUCACAUAUGUAUAAAAAAUGCAGCAAAAAAAGUAUUUUGCAGACCUGUGGCCAUAGAUUGGGGUAGAAGGACUUCAGCUCUCCCAAAUCUGAGCAACAGAGAGAGUGAAGGACAAGACAUCAGACUGAGCCUUGGCUUCUAGGGCUCACUUCAGAGGUGCCUACCUUUUUGGUUUGUUAGCUUUCGUUCUGUUUUCACUUAUGUUCGAUUCACUCAUGUUGUCAUUUGUUUUCCUGCAAGGCCACUGACGGUUUACAAACACUUUGUUUUUUUCUGGAGUUCGAAAAAAAAAAAAAUCAGCAACACAAAGGAAUUAAACUAUGGGAAUGUUGAAAAGAAAAAAAAAGAAAAAAGGACAAAUGCUUCCAUUUUUCAGAAAAAGUGCAACACUUCAAAGAAUGAAGAUUUCUUGUGCUACUUUAAGAACUCUGGGAUUGAACAGUGUUGUCUUGUUCUGUUUAACCUUCUUUGUUCUGUGUUAAUUUCAUGGACUAUCUGAAGCCUGUAUGUUUUAUGUUGAUCAUAUAUAUUUUUCCUUUAUAAAAAAAAAAAAGAAAAAAAAGAAAAGAAAAAAAAGACAUAAUUGCUCACUAUCUUGCACACACACGAAAAAGUGGAUCUUGUCUCAGGAAGGCCAGGGUUCCAGAGUACCAACUCCACGCCAUUUUAAUGUACAUUUUUAUGAUGAGUAAAAAAAAAAAAAAAAGAAAAAAGAAAAAAAAAGGAUGAUUUAAAAGAAACAAUUCUAAGCACUGAAAGUUAUGGAUUUCAGAAGAAGAGAAAAUACCUUUUGUUUCUAAAUCCGUAGCAGUUACAUAAUAACCAAAUAAUGGACUUUAAAUGAAAAUGGAGUGCUUUAUAUAUAAAUCUAUAUAUUAAAAUUGCUUUACAUUUAAAAACGAAAAAAGGUCAAUGAUUUUGAUUGUUAAAAAAAGAAAGACAGUGAAUAACAUGCAAAAUGCUGUAUGUUGAAAUCUUUAUUGUGUUUUCUUAAUGAGGUCCCGUCCUGACUGAAUCAGGAACAUUGUGCAUUACUCUUUCUUUCCUCUUUCUCUCUCAUUCUCCCACAGCGGGUAUUAUUAAUAGAUGAAUCAGACUUUUGUGGAACAUUUUUCACAUUUUGGAGGAUGUUUGUAAAACAUGAGCUGGUUGUAAAGGAUCAUGAAACUAUGCACAAGUGUUUGGGGGGAGGGGGUGGAAGACGGGGAUUUUAUGGCCUACUUCUAAGUGGCUGACUUAUUGCAGGGGUUUUUGGGAUCCAAUGUGUUUUUGUUUUUAUUUUUAAGGGGGUGAGGGAGGGUGGAGAGGUGAGCCCUCCGCCUCCAGCUUCCUUCGCCAUGCUGUGUAUUCCUAAAACCAAUGAGCGUCUCACUCUUUAGCACUGUGGGAUUCUAGCCUGUCACCCUCAAGGGUCUUUUUCUCUU